AUGGACUGCAAUUUAAUGAGUUCUGAGAAGUUCUUAGCAACUUAUUUUAGAAUAUGCGUAGAUUAUGAUGCUAGCGUGAAGGCACCUGAAUUUUUUGAAACUAAUGCGAAGACACCUGAACUUUUUGAAGCUGGUGUGAAAGCAUCUGAAAAAGAUGAUGCUAGUGUGAAUGCAUCUGAAAAUGAUGAUGCUAGUGUGAAGGCAUCCGAAAAAGAUGAUGCUAGUGUGAAGACACCCGAAUUUUCUGAAACUAAUGCGAAGACACCUGGACUUUUUGAAACUAGUUUGAAGACACCUAAACUUUCUGAACCUAGUGUGAGUGCACCUGAACUUAUUAAAGCCUGUGUGAAGUCAUCUGAACUUAGUUGA